UCCAGUAGGUUGCGGUAUACAGCUGAACUUGGUUGCGCUAGCUGUUAUUGAUGAAGAAUUGUGAAAGCCUCUUAAAAGGACCGAUUUAUCAGAUCGCCGGGUUAGACUGCUAGAUAAGUAUUCAAAUACAAGAGCCGAAAUGACUACUGCUCCAUACAACUACUCCUACAUCUUCAAAUACAUUAUUAUUGGGGAUAUGGGUGUAGGGAAAUCAUGCCUGCUUCACCAGUUCACAGAAAAGAAAUUCAUGGCAGACUGCCCCCACACUAUUGGAGUCGAGUUUGGCACAAGGAUAAUCGAGGUGAGCGGCCAGAAGAUCAAACUGCAGAUCUGGGACACUGCGGGACAGGAGCGCUUCAGGGCCGUCACACGCAGCUACUACAGGGGAGCAGCAGGGGCACUCAUGGUCUAUGACAUCACCAGGAGAAGCACAUACAACCACCUUAGCAGCUGGCUGACUGAUGCUAGAAACCUCACCAACCCUAAUACUGUGAUCAUUCUUAUUGGUAACAAGGCAGACUUGGAGGCCCAGCGAGAUGUAACCUAUGAGGAGGCUAAGCAGUUUGCUGAGGAGAACGGUCUAUUGUUCCUAGAGGCUAGUGCAAAGACGGGUGAGAAUGUGGAGGACGCGUUCCUGGAGGCAGCCAAGAAGAUCUACCAGAACAUUCAGGACGGAAGCCUGGACCUGAACGCCGCCGAGUCUGGUGUCCAGCACAAGCCUUCCGCCCCGCAGGGCGGACGGCUGACCAGUGAACCGCAGCCUCAGAAGGAAAGCUGCAGCUGCUAAUGACCCCACCCACUGACCCUCCAGCUGACCUUUGCCCCCUGUGCCACAGCCUCCCUCUACCACCCAGGAGCCCACAUGCCUCCACCAAGGCACUGACAUGACAGUCUGGGCCCCAGUAGGCUCUGAGCCAGGGAUGGGCAUUAUACCAUUCUCAGCCAUCUCCCUCUCAUCUCUCUCUUUCUCUCUCUUUCUCUCUGUCUCCCCGUACCUAUCUCACACGGCUAUGCUGUAUGUCCCCAUAGCCUACAUAACCCAGUGCACCCAGCACCUAUGAUGAGAUGAGCAAGCUUCAUGGGUCACACAUUGUGAUUAGAACACAGCAACAGAGAAAUAGGCCUUUGUGGCUGGCUGGCUGCUCUACUGAAGAAAAUGCCUUUUUCUAUCCACAGAAGAAACCAUGAUGUGCAUAACUAUAAAUGGAAUGAUUCAUCACUCUUGUGGUGUUUUGAAUGUAGUACUGUUUUAAUUCAAAUUAAAUUAUUAAGAGUGGUUGCAAAAUACUCAGCAAACAGGCACAGAUACCAAAGAUAAUGGAUGCAUGAUUCACUCAACGUGUAUGACCAUUUACCAAAUUGUUCAUUCUUUUUAAACGUUUCCGGAGGUUUUAUCAGUCUUGGAAUACGUUGAAUUGACUUUUUGUUCGAUAUAAUUAAUAUAAAAUAUUUGUUAUUUUUGUACCCAUUUAUUUUAAUGAACAUUAGUGGGAAAUGAUGGGUACAGUAUCAUGUAGAAUAUGAGCGUGUGAAAGACCAAAUUGUCAAAAUUCUUAGGUGCCGCAAUGAGAGAGGUCUGACCUGUAGCAUGUACUAUUGGAAAGUUAGACAGAACACUGGGCGUUGGAGUCCAAGAGAAAUCUUUGCACUUUUUGUGACGUGGUCUGGAGGCCGUUUCGGUGGAGAUGGAGCUCCAGCAGGGGGGUUUUCACUAGAAACUAUACAGGAGCAAACAGGGAGGGACUAAUCUAAUUGUCCAAUGAAUACACCCCAUCAGUAGAGAUUCUGAUCAGUGAGACAUCUUGGAUGCCCACUCCAGCUGUGACUCAAAUGGGAGUAUUGUAUGUGGAUCUAUGGUGGCUGUGAAAAUUGGUCAUCCUGCUCAGCCCGUGGCUUUGUAUUAGAGGGAUAUCUCUCCUAUGUCCCCUGGGGCACUUUAGUAGGUGAACUGAGGUUGUGAGGUGGUUCAGCAAUGCACCUCUCCCUUUGAUUGAUGUAAUCUCAGGGACUUCAUCUCACUGCUUGCAUCCCAAAUUGUACCCAUAGGACUCUGGUCAGAAGUCGUGCACUGCAUAGGUAAUAUUGCGGCAUUUGGGAUGCGACCCUUGAUCACACCCCCCAUAUCAUUCUCUCUGUGAUUGUUUUUGCCUAAUUUAGUGUUAACUUGUUACGCAGACUAAUGUAGAACACCGUUCUGUAAAUUCAAUAGGCUACUAUAUUAGAUUCAUAACUCUAUUUUGAUAUAUUUUACUGCCUCUCUUCAGAUCAUAUGCACAGAUUGUACAAAACAUUAGGGACACAUUAAUAUUGAGUUGCACCCGCUUUUGCCCCAGAACAGCCUCACUUUGUUGGGGCAUGGACUCUACAAUGUGUCAAGCUUUCCACAAGGAUGCUAGCCCAUGUUGGCUCGAUGCUUCCCACAGUUUUGUCAAGUUGGCUGGAUGUCCUUUGGUUUUGCACUAAUGAAUACACCCCAGAGGAUAGGAAAGCUCAUUCCUCAACCAUUUCACAACAAUAAUCUCCACAUUGGGAUGACCACACGUGGUGCAUUCUGUAGAGAGCUUAAGUUUCUCAUGUUUUGUGAAAUAUAUUUUUCUUACUAAUCUUUCAUUGAAGUCAUUCCAUAUUUACUUUUCCAUUUACCUUGACAUCACUGAUGUACUUGAUUUCUUAGUUGUAGAGAUGUCGAGCUAUGAUUCUGAAGUUUUUUUUUUCCCCCAGCAGAGGUGUUAGUGUGUUAUGUUCAAUCUGUAUUUCAUGGCCCAGUAUCACAACGCAGCAGUGGUGUUCUAUUGAAAAUGGGCUUAGAAGAUACAACUGUAAUGCAAUUUCUCAAAGCUCGAUGCACUGUAAAAAGACUGGUCCAGUCCGCCUUUCACUCAAGUUUUUUGGUGGCAUGAAGAGACUGGCUAAUAUUAGUUGUGGUGCUUUUCCCAUGUGGUCUCCUUGGAAGUGUUGAGAAGGAUUUAAAUUGGUCUCAUUAAAUGUAGCUCCAUCACGUAAGCCUAGUCUCAUAUUCACAAAGCAGCUGAGUGGGAGAGAAUCUAGGAUCAGGUCCCAACCUGUCCAUGUAGUCUUAUUCAUUAUGAUCUAAAAGGCUAAACUAAUCCUGGAUCCACACUCUUACUCUGAUAUGCUUGAUACAUAUGGUCCCUGGUCAAAAAUCUUACGUGUUGGAAUUGGUUCACUGAUGGCUAGCCAUUUCUGUUUGUAAUGAUUUUCUUUGAUUAAUGUAACAUUUUUGUCUUGAGCAAAUGUACAAUUGAGUUUGCAUAAUGUACUUUCAUUAUUGAAUGACUUUAUUUAGAUAACCAUUAUUGUGCAUUCUUUAUACUCUUGUGAAUCUAAGCACAGAUGCUCUUGACAAGACCAGAUUAUAAAAAGUUUCUGUGUAAUAAUAACUGGCUUUGAAGGACCAGCUCUUUAACCAUGGUAAAAUAUUUAUGGAUAAACAACUCUUAGUCUCAGUUGAGCUUUCUGUAAUUAGAUUUUGUUCUGGAUUAAGGUCAAUCUUGUGUGUGGUAACUAGGGAUGUGCAUCUUUCCCUUUAAAGAUGACUCGGUACGUAUCUAUACUGAACAAAAAAAUAAAUGCAACAAGUAAAAUGUUGAUCCCAUGUGCUGAAAUAAAAGAUCCCAGUAAUAUUCCAUA